CCGACUCCCCAGCCGCGGCGCCGCCGCCUGCCGAGCGCAGGGCCCGGGACCGCGCCGCGGGCGGAAGCAUGCUGGACUUCGCCAUCUUCGCCGUCACCUUCCUGCUGGCGCUGGUGGCAGCCGUGCUGUACCUCUACCCGGCUUCCCGACAAGCUGCAGGAAUUCCGGGGGUUGCACCGACCGAAGAAAAAGAUGGUAACCUCCCCGACAUUGUGAGCAGUGGAAGUUUGCAUGAGUUCCUGGUGGAUUUGCAUGACAGAUACGGGCCCGUGGCCUCGUUCUGGUUCGGCAGGCGUCUUGUGGUCAGCUUGGGCACCGCUGAGGUCCUCAAGCAGCACUUCAACCCCAAUAAGACCUCAGACCCAUUUGAAACCAUGUUGAAGUCAUUACUAGGGUAUCAAUCUGACGGUGAGAGCGUGAGUGAAAGCCACACGAGGAGGAAACUGUAUGGAAAUGCCGUGGCAGCUGCUUUGCAGAGGAACUUUCCUCUCCUGCUGAAGCUUUCAGAAGAGUUCUUAGGUAAAUGGCUGUCCUACCCAGAGACCCAGCACGUGCCCCUGAGCCAGCACAUGCUUGCCUUUGCCUCGAAGUCUGUCACACGGAUGGUCCUGGGUAGCGCGUUUGAAGAUGAACAGGAAGUCAUCCGCUUCCAAAAGAUUCAUGGCACAGUUUGGUCUGAGAUUGGAAAAGGCUUUCUCGAUGGAUCACUUGAUAAAAAUGCCACUCGGAAGAAACAGUAUCAAGAAGCCCUCAUGCAGUUGGAAUCUACUCUAAAGAAAAUCAUAAAGGAACGAAGAGGAAGGAACUUCAGUCAGCAUAUCUUCAUCGACUCCUUAAUCCAAGGGAACCUUAAUGAGCAGCAGAUCCUAGAAGACAGUAUGAUAUUUUCUCUGGCCGGUUGCAUAAUAACUGCAAAGUUGUGCACCUGGGCAAUCUGCUUUCUGACGACUUCUGAAGACGUUCAGAAGAAGCUGCAUAAGGAGAUAGACGAAGUUUUCGGGAAGGGUCCUAUUACUUCAGAGAAAAUUGAGCAGCUAAGAUAUUGCCGGCACGUGCUCUGUGAAACUGUUCGGACUGCCAAACUAACCCCAGUUUCUGCCCGGCUUCAAGAUCUUGAAGGAAAAGUCGGCCCAUUUGUUAUUCCUAAGGAGACCCUCGUCCUUUAUGCCCUCGGCGUGGUUCUUCAGGACCCCAGCACUUGGCCGUCCCCACACAAGUUUGAUCCGGAUCGCUUUGCUGACGAAUCAGUGAUGAAAGUGUUUUCUUCGCUUGGCUUUUCAGGCACGUGGGAAUGCCCAGAACUGAGGUUUGCUUAUAUGGUGACCACAGUGCUCGUGACCGUGCUGGUGAGGAGACUGCGCCUGCUUGCUGUGGAGGGACAACUUUUUGAGAUGAAGUAUGAACUGGUCACAUCUUCAAGGGAAGAAGCGUGGGUCACUGUCUCCAAAAGAUACUAGACAUUUAGACAUUUUAAGUCUUUGUUAAGUAGAUGAAGGGAAAAAGCCUAUUUAGAUUAUGUGCUGGGUCCUUUUACAAACCCAGUAUCAUUUUGUAAUGUAAACCCUAUUAGUGCUUUGUGAAGUAAAUUUGGAUUUUUAUAUAUCAA